AUGUCGUCCAGAAUAUCUCUACAGCAGCCAUAUGUGGUCGCCACCUUACCGCGAUCGAAACAGGCGCAAUAUGUGGUUGGAGAAGUUUAUGGCGGUUCACCUGGAUCAAAAAAAAGAAAGAGGUCAGAAUUGGCUGUUGGAAUUCAUGGAGAAGGUGUGAACUUAUACGAAGUAUCGUCUUCAAAACUGCUUACUUCUUACGCUCUACCUCCUGAUACUUCUUUUUCUUGUCCGCCAUACUCCUACAGGUCGAAAAAUUCAAAAAUCAAAACCGAGCGAAGAACUUAUGUUUCGACAUCUGGCUCCGAGGAUCAAGUCACACUGUUCCAUGAUACUACCGAAGGGACUAGCACAACUCAAUCGACAACAGUCACGCACAAGAUUAGUCAAUCGAAAGCGCCCGUGGUGCAUUUGGGUGCUCUAGCCUCCUCGGGAUCAAAUACGGCCAAAAAGUCGGAUAUAUUGAUUGUGAAGAAGGACGGCGAGAUCCAAUGCUUAGAUGGCGAGAGCCUUCUAUUACUAUGGUCUUCGCCUGCCACUGCUCUCGGCCGAGCUUCAUCAAUGUCAAUGACCAACAUCGAGGUAGAAUAUGCGCACAUCACAAAUGCUUACUCCGCUGGUCAAGGAAUCUUGAAGGGUCGCCAAGAUGUUUUUUCGUUCUUUCCACAGGAGAUAACAGAGGAUGGCUUCAAUCCAGACAUAAUAAUUGUGAUCACGAAGUCAGAUGUGGAGGAAGCUGGAGAGAGCGUGAGAACAUUACAUAUUGUAACAUUACCAAGAAAGGCGACUACACAUUUGAAUGGCAAAAUACAUUCAGUCGAAUCUCUUUUGGACGCACCUCUACCAAUUCAUAAGGCUCCCAAGAAGAAAGGAACGGCCGGGAGAGCUUCGUUCGGCAUCAACGUCUCUGCCGGUAUUUUGCAAAUACUCGAAGCUGAAGUGUUGACCACAUUGGAUUUACAUGACGCAUUGCCGAAGAUCCAAUCUGAGAUCAAUACUCCUGGUACAGGAUCAUUUCUCCGCCUUUCAAGUACUUCCAUUAUUAUGUCGACUCAACAGGCUAUUAGCAUUCUCAACCCAAAAUAUGAGUCUGUAUUGGCUACGAUCAAGUUGGAUGACGAAACUAACAAAGAAUCACUUAAGCGGAAGCGAGACUCUGAUGAUAAGCAGAGGCCACGAUUAGAUAUUCCUGCUCAAUUCAUAUCCUACUAUCCUAAGCUUGGAACAGCUCUGGCUAUCUCAGACAAUGAACUCAUUGCCAUUCAGGUUGAUUAUCAACCUGGUCAAGGAUCGAAAUCUCGAGCUUUUGGACUUUUGAUUGACUCGCUUGGCUGUUCGGAUCCACAAGUUGUACGCUCCAAACCAGGAAAGGAGCCAUCCCAUGGAAAAUGGCUUUUCGUGGAUCAUUAUCUUCCAGGGUCGAUGGGCAUCAAAGAGGACACAUGGAUAAACGUGACGAGGGAACCUGAGAGAUGUGUCAAAAAUGGAGAUACUUCAGGGUUCGAAAAGUCUUUGGGAAAUAAGUUCGAUCAGGAAUGGAGUACCGAUUCAUCCGAAAAUCCUGCAGAUAAAGUUGCGAAAAUAGAACCCUCCGAAGUCGAUCGCAGAUGGGUAUUAUACGCACUUAGUAAGAUUUUCAACUGGUCUCAGAAUCUUGAAGGAGUUUUUGAGCUUUCUAUUGUCUUCUAUCCUCCGAGACUUUUCAGGUGGUUGCUUCAAACAGGAAACAUGACGAUUCUCAACAUUGAAUCUGCAUUAAGACAGGAAAUACGGGCCUCAACUUCCGGUCCAAUACCGGCUGGUCAGCUUGUCAAUGCUAUGGUGAAGCUGGAUAGGGAAAUGGAGUUGUUGCUUCAGCUCGUUUCCUCAAACUUACUUGGAGCGGCUGAACUUCUUCAUGCGAUUCGAAAGAUAAUGGAAACCAUGGAUUUGUUUGAAAGCGAAGAUUCCUCAAGUCCAAAGCAAGCAUUGUUGACAAAUGGAGAGGAUGUAACUCUGGAAAAUGGCAAUGCUGAAGAGGAAGUACAAAGGCUUGAAGCCGAGGCCGAAGAUGAUCUACAACUUGCCGAAUUCCAGUUAGGAGAAGGUUCUGGUGUCAGAGGUGAAGCGUUGAAUGUGGCACUUUCAAAACUCUAUACAUGCCCAGAUAACAGCAUUACGGAAGCUCUACAAACAACCUUUACAAGUCAAGAGACGGUUUCACUAAUCUAUAUUUUAAGAGUUGAAUUGGCUAAAGGUGGAUGGACUGGUCGAUACCUUGAUAUCUUGGAAUUAGAUGACGACGAAGUGGAGGCUCCUGAUAACUCUAUCAUACUCAUUUCCAGCCUACUCAACAAUUGCGUCGAUGCUCUCGCUGCUGGUGGGUGGUUAACCGGAAAUGCUAGACUGAUCAAUGGUGAUCAAUCCGAAUCUGAAGCAUUUAUUGCGACGUUAAAGAUGGAAGUUAGUGCCGCCUUAGAGGGUAUUGAGACGGCCAUUUACUUGAAGGGCCUGACAUCUGAAAUGGUUCGUUAUGGAGAUUCCGUGCUUAAGGGCCUGGGACAUGAAGAUACCGGACGCAUAGCCAAAACAAUAUUGACACUUCCUUCUGGAGAGAAAGAUGUCUCAAUAUUACCAAUUGGUCUAAAAGCAGAGAAACAAAUUUCACGCCUUCGUGUCGGAGCUGGAGGGGAAAUUCAGAAGAGAAGCAAGAGAGAUAUUGGUCGACUGUUGAGCAAAAAGGUCGGGAAAUAUACCCGAGAGAGAAUUGUUUUGUGA